UUGUGUUUGAAAGCACUUGAACGAAGUACAAGUCAGACACAAAGACGACUCAAGUGGCUUUUCUCAGCAGCUCACUACUUCUGAGUAUUUCCCAGUUUUAGAUAUCGGUGGUCAUAAUUGUGAGUGUGUACGGAGCUAUGUGACAUGUCUGAGGAGGAUUAUUAGUGUCACUGAACAACAAAAUGGAUUUCCAACAGAGAGCAGCUCUGGAUAUCUCCACCAAGAACCCUCAGGAUGAUUUUGAGAUCCUGUUGAGAGUUGGAGGAGGAACUUAUGGAGAAGUUUACAAGGCACGUAACAAACAGAAUGGAGAGUUGGCAGCUAUCAAAGUCAUCAAGAUGGAACCAGAAGAUGAUUUCUCCAUCAUCCAGCAGGAAAUCAUCAUUGUGAAGAGCUGCAAACAUCCUAACAUAGUAGCAUAUUAUGGCAGCUACAUACGAGUGAAUAAGCUGUGGAUCUGUAUGGAGUUCUGUGGAGGAGGCUCUCUUCAGGAUAUCUACCAUGUGACAGGUCCUCUGUCUGAACCACAGAUAGCCUACAUCUGCAGAGAGAUGCUGCAGGGCCUAGACUACCUGCAUGCACAGAAGAAAAUCCACAGAGACAUUAAGGGUGCCAACAUCCUCCUCAAUGAUCUGGGUGAAGUCAAGUUGGCUGACUUUGGAAUUUCGGCUCAGAUCACAGCCACUCUGGCCCGGAGGAUGUCCUUCAUUGGGACGCCAUAUUGGAUGGCACCAGAGGUGGCGGCCGUGGAGAUCAAAGGUGGCUACAAUGAACUUUGUGACAUCUGGUCGGUGGGCAUCACAGCCAUAGAACUCGCUGAGCUGCAGCCUCCCAUGUUUGAUGUCCACCCACUGCGAGUCCUGUUUCUCAUGUCCAAGAGCGGCUACCAGCCUCCCAAACUGAAGGACAAGUCUAAAUGGUCGUCCAUGUUUUACAAUUUUGUGAAGGCCAUGUUGGUGAGGAACCCGAAGAAGAGACCCAGCGCCUCCAAGAUGCUCUCGCACAUGUUUCUGACCCAGGACUGCCUGAAACAGGAGCUGACCCUGGACCUGCUGGAGAAGUUUAGAAAUCCUGAGAAACUGAAAAGCAGCACAGCAAUAGAGGAUGAUGAGAUGGAGGUUGCACUUCCUGGAUCUUUAAGGAGGAUCCAAUCAAUUAACAAACACAACCGGGCAGAGAGGACCAACUCUGACAUAAGCUUUGAACAGAUCUACACUCAGAGGCCUAUGAAGACCGGAUCCCCAAAUGUUACGUUAAGACCAUCAACAGGAUCAACAGGCAGUAGCAACAGUCCAGCGAGGGACCAGGACACAGACUCAGAUGAUGACUAUGAUGAUGUGGACAUCCCUACUCUGCAAAACUCCAAUUUCAUAUUGCCAGAUGAUGAAACACCCCCUCCUCUUCCACCAAAGCCCAAAGCUCGAACCAGCUCAGAGGAGAGUAUGGCAGGGGAAGAUGAUCGAACAAGAAAACUCAACUCUCUAUUUGCCCCUACCCCUCUCAUUCGGACCUCAAGCGGGACGCAUGUCCGACCCACACCCCGCCCUCGAACCUCACGACACUCAGACCCUGCAUCUUUACCAGUCCAGAUGAAUGAGAACCCAGCAGGCCUUCCUCCUGAGCUCCCCCCUAAGAGCUUCCGCAGACAGCAUCCCCCAUCAAAGGAACGUGCUGAGUGUGCCAGUCCCGUCAUUAAGAAACCUCCAAUCUACUUUAAAAAAGUCUUCCAUGGCUGCCCCCUCAAAGUAAACUGCUCCACGAACUGGGAAAACCCCACCUCCAAAGAGCAGCAUCUGAUCCUGGGGGCUGAGGAAGGGAUAUACACCCUGAACCUCAACGGCACUGAGGCCACAAUGGAGCUGCUGUAUCCUGGAAAGUGUACCUGGGUCUACACCAUCAAUAAUGUCCUUAUGUCCAUAUCCGGUAAAUCCUCACAGCUUCACUCACAUUUAUUGAAGGAGUUGUAUGAACAAGCUCGGAAAGAUCAGAGGAUGGUUCCCUUGCCAACUCACAGACUGUUACCAAGGAAAUGUGCAGUGACGAGUAAAAUACCCGAUACCAAAGGCUGCAAGACCUGCUCAGUUGUAGAGAACUUGCAACGAGGUUGUGUGUUCCUGUGCUGUGCUCUGGAGACCAGCGUGGUUUUGCUGCAGUGGUAUGAGCCCAUGCACAAGUUCAUGCUCAUCAAGCAUUUUGACUUCCCUCUGCCCAGCCCUCUGCGGGUGUUUGAGAUGGUGGAGGUGCCCCAGCAGGAGUACCCACUGGUGUGCAUCGGUGUGUCUCGGGGCUCCAACCCCAACAAGCCUGUCAUAGUAGAAUACAUCAACCUCAACUCCAACACAUCCUGGUUCACCAACUCUGGUCUGGAGAAAAUGUACCCUGAUGUCAUUCAAGUAUGCCCGCUGGAAAAAAGCUCCCUGCUCGUGCUCAUAGAGAAGUCAGUACUUAUAGUUGGUCUGGAUGGAGAGCUGAAGAGCAACUGGCAUCUUCCAUAUGAGACCACUUUCUCUCAAGAUGUUGAAUCUAUAGUGCAUUUUGAGGACACAGUGUUGGCAGUUUGGCGUCACGGCUGGCAGAGGAGAGGAAAGGGUUUCACAGAGAUUCUUGAGGAAACGACUGACUUAAAGAAGAUCUACAGGAUAGUGAAAUCAGACAGGAUGGUUGUCUUGGAAACACGUAAGACUGAGGACCAGACACGUCAAUCCAACCUGUAUAUCCUGGAAAUAGCUAUGAAAUACGUCCUGCUCCCCUGACUCUCCUGUGUACUGACACAGGACAUCAUUGGACACUCCCUGCUCGGUCUCUGUGUAAACGGCUCUACUGGGAUUCCCAGCACUCAGCGGGAAAUAUCUUCACACACAAGGCAUCAACAUUUAUGUCUGUCAUCUCUACCUUUGACAUGUGUUAAUGCCCCUCUACCACAGGAUUUUAUUUUAUAACUGGAGCAUAAAAAUUGAUGACAUAAGGAGAUUAUAACUCUUUUUCCUCAGUCUGAGGGAGUCCUCUCUAAUUUAUGUAAUUUUCUCCAUGGUUUGUGAGAUCCAGAACAAUCUGGACAAUCCAGAGGAAAGAAUAUUGGAGAAAGACCCUCCUCAAACCCUGAAGAGGACUGUCUCCUUCCUCCCACAGUGUUAUUGAUCACAACAGCAGCCUGCAGGAACUUACAUAUAUGGCUUCCACCAGAUGCAACAUAGAAGCUUAGUGGACUGAAGCACUGCUGGUGCUCAUACUGUGUUUUGUGACCUGAGUUUGUUUGUUAGUGUUGCAUCAACUGUUACUGUUGUUACACUCUAAUAAAGUUAAUUAACACAAAAUGAGGUGAACUGUAUUGAUUUUGUAGGGUAAAUCAGUUAAUGAAAGCUGACAGCAUAGUUGAUUAGGUAAUCUUUGUUAGUGUUAAGCUGUUUG